AGAUUGAUUGAACUCUGUUUGCGUCCUCUAGCUUGUCAACAUCCUCGCCCUUAUUUUCCUCUUACUUCAGCACUGGAAAAGAGCACUUCAUCAGCUGAUCUUCUGGGGUGGUGGUAGUAAGAAAUGGAGGUUGAAGCAGUUAGUGCGGCCGUAGCCGUGGCCGUGGCCGGGCCGGAGACUGGUGUCUCAGGCAGCAAAGAGGAGAGGGGAAUGUGCUUGGUUUGGGAAGAUUUAACUGUCGUCCUGCCAAACUUUGGCAAUGGCCGGCCAAAGAGGUUGCUUCAUGGGCUUAGUGGGUGUGCAGAACCUGGGCGGAUCAUGGCCAUAAUGGGUCCUUCUGGGUCUGGCAAAUCCACCUUGCUUGACUCAUUGGCAGGGAGACUCUCAAAAAAUGUAAUUAUGACUGGAAAUGUUCUCCUCAAUGGGAAGAAGAGAAGGCUAGACUAUGGUGUAGCUGCUUAUGUGACUCAAGAGGAUGUAUUAAUGGGGACUCUCACUGUCAGAGAAACAAUCACGUACUCAGCUCAUUUGAGGCUUCCUACUACCAUGAGCAAAGAAGAGAUAAAUGCAGUGGUAGACGGCACAAUCAUGGAGAUGGGUCUCCAAGAAUGUGCAGACAAAUUGAUAGGGAACUGGCAUUUGAGGGGUAUCAGUGGUGGAGAGAAGAAGAGACUAAGCAUUGCACUCGUGAUCCUUACACGCCCUCGUCUCUUGUUUCUUGACGAGCCCACUAGUGGACUCGACAGUGCUUCGGCUUUCUUUGUGAUUCAAACUCUGAGAAAUAUAGCCCAUGAUGGAAGAACAGUUGUCUCCUCCAUCCACCAGCCAAGUAGCGAAGUCUUUGAACUGUUCGACGAUUUGUUCCUCCUUUCAGGUGGAGAAGUUGUUUAUUUUGGAGAAGCAAAGUUGGCCGUGCAGUUCUUUGCUGAAGCUGGAUUUCCUUGUCCUAGUAGAAGGAAUCCUUCUGAUCACUUCCUUCGCUGUAUAAAUUCUGACUUCGACGUUGUAACUGCCACUCUGAUCGGAUCUCAGAGAAUCCUUGCAAGCAGGUUAGCGGCUACCAUGUUAGAAGUUGAAGAGGGAUUUCAAACCCAGGAAAUUACUACAUCUGAUCCCUUCAGGAACCUUCCAACUUCAGAGAUCAAAGGGGUACUCAUUCAGAAAUACAAGUGCUCAAAAUAUGCAAUAAGGGCAAGGAAACGGAUUCAUGAAAUCACACAUAUUGAAGGGCCGAUCAUAGAACCAUACAGUGGAAGUGAAGCGAGCUGGUGGAAACAGCUCACAACAUUGACACGAAGGUCUUCUGUGAACAUGUCUAGAGAUAUUGGAUAUUACUGGUUAAGGAUCGUAGUCUAUAUUUUGGUAUCCAUGUGCGUUGGUACCAUCUUUUAUGAUGUAGGUACCAGCUAUUCUGCAAUACUUGCUAGAGGGUCAAGUGGUGGAUUCAUUGUGGGUUACAUGACUUUCAUGUCCAUUGGAGGUUUCCCAUCUUUCAUUGAAGAAAUGAAGGUUUUUUACCGAGAGAGGCUCAAUGGACAUUAUGGGAAUGCUGUUUUCAUUCUAUCCAACUUCCUUUCAUCAUUUCCUUUCUUGUUUGCAAUGUCAUUUGCCAGUGGAACCAUAAUAUAUUGCAUGGUGAAGUAUCAUCCAGGCUUCUCCCACUUUGCCUACUUCUGCAUUGCUGUCUUCAGCUGUAUUUCUGUCAUAGAGAGUUGCAUGAUGGUUGUUGCAUCAUUGGUUCCCAAUUUCUUGUUGGGAGUCAUAACUGGAGCUGGAAUAAUUGCAAUUCUGAUGAUGACAUCUGGGUUCUUCCGCUUGCUUCGUGAUCUUCCCAAGCCCUUCUGGCGCUACCCGAUUUCAUAUGUGAAUUUUUGUUCAUGGGCAUUACAGGGUGCAUACAAGAAUGAUCUGAUUGGGCUUGAAUUCUACCCUUCCUCGCCUGGUGAACCAAAGCUGAAGGGUGAGGAUAUCAUCCAAAAGAUGUUAGGGAUUCAACUGGAUCACUCCAAAUGGUGGGACCUUUCCAUUGUUAUACUCAUACUAAUAGCUUACAGAAUCCUAUUCCUCAUUAUACUCAAGUUCAAUGAGAAGGCAACACCAUUGUUACGCAGCCUCUAUGCCAAAGGGACUCUUCAUCAUCUUCAAAAGAGGCAUUUAUUCAGGUCAACAGUCUCCUCCAAGAGGCACCAGAACCUUCACCAAUUAACUUCUGAUGAGGGUUUAAGUUCUCCAUUUCCUUAGCAGUGAUUGCUUCUAAUAUCAUGUUACAACUUACUCUCUCAUUGAGUUGAUUAUUAUCUGUAUCUCUCAUGCAGAUGUUUUAAUCUGCACAAGAAAAUCAAUGUGGUCCAUCUAGGCCAAAUGUUAGCAUUAACAUGUACCAGUCCAUCUGUUAUUACAAUCCAGAUGGCUGAUAACUGUAUCUUUAUAUAAAUAGUCCUCCUUAGAGUGCUUCCUCUGUA